CUAUCUGCGUCCUAAACACAGUGUGCCAUGCGACGGUCGACAUCUUCCAAAGGGCAUGGUGCUGCCAGACUUGCCUUACUGGCAGCAAGUUGCCUGCUGCUGGUAACAGUGGGCGAUGCCUUUGUCUCCGCCUCUCCUUCCUUUCAAGUGACAACACCCAAGCCGACUUGGGAGGUGAAGACGGCUCAGCCAACCAACCGCAAUGGAGGAUUGGCCACACCCAACACCCAGGUGAGCCUCUUCAAAGCUGCAGCCUCAGUGGCCCUACUAUGCCUUGCUGCAACACGUAUGAGCAAGAACAAGACGUCCAAGUCUUCCCUCCGCUGUGUUGUGGGUAUGACUCCACCAAGUACAGUCACCACCACAAGCGCUACCAUUGCAAAGACAACUCAGAUGGAGGACUUGUUGCAAUUCGAAGACCAACCAACUGAGACUGUGAUGCCUCCAGCUGUCCCCGUGCCACUGAUCUCUAUGGACGCCAAAACCAUGAUGUGUGCAGUGGAAAGUGAGACCGCUGCCACCACUACCACCACUACCACUGCUGCGUUCUGCGGAGCUCGUGCUGCUUGCUUUGCAGCCGGAGCUCGUCGCAGUUCGGGCCGCACUCGAACAGCUGGCGCAGCCAGACGUGCUCGAGCUGCUCGGCGUGCCGUUGGUCAACGUUUGUGUGAAGCCUCCGCAGUGCAGCCAAUGACUUCAACCUUCGAUGCCAGCAAGACCCGCACCAAGAUCCAGCUGGGCCUUAGGGUGUCCUCCUGCAUGCGCUCUGAGUCGGGCCGUGAGUCCAAAGUGUCUUCGGGCGUUGAAGGAUCAGAAAUGGGCACAUGCCUUAACUUUGUAGCACAUGAUUUAAAGGUAUACAUGCUAGAUCAUGAGUCAGCACUGAAUGAUGCUAUCCACUCCCGCUUUGGGAAUUUAGCACGCUCAGCUAUACUCUGAAGUGUUGGCGUGACACUGCGAACCGAGAAUGGCAGGGAGAGCGGCCGAGGUCGACUGUCCUUGCAGCACAUUCUCCCGAUGGCUCAAAGGUCAUAGCUCCAUGCUUCAUCCCUCAUUUCCUCAUUUGGUUUGAAAAGCGCAAGGAAUGCUGUUCUUUUUC